UCCCUUUUGCAUCAUCAUAUGUGUGGCUUAUAUACAGAACUAUAUGCUGAUCGUACUGUAGUCCACCAGUGGAAGUGGAGGGAGUCAAGCACAGGGCAGAAGGUUUCAAAUACAGCAUGUCAGGGCUAGAAAGUAAGACAGAGGUCUUCACAGUAACCGAAAUGGGGGAGCCGAAGGUGGAGAAAGACAUUGGCAACAGAAGUAAGAUACGAUGCAAAUAUGAGCUGUACGUGCAGCCCUGUCUGGCUGAGCUGUUGGGAACCUGCUUGUUCGUAUUUGUGGGGUGUGCCUCUGUUAUCGGGAACGUGGAAACGGGUGUCAUCCAGCCUGCCGUGGGACAUGGACUGGCCCUGGGAGUGCUGAUCACAGUGUUUGGACAAAUCAGUGGGGGACACUUUAAUCCUGCAGUGUCGCUGAGCGUCUACCUGUGCGGGGGGAUGAAGCUGAUUUUGCUCGUACCUUACAUCGUAGCUCAGAUGGCCGGAGGAGUGGUUGGUGCUUUUUUGUCAAAGGCAGUGUAUCCCUCUAAUAACUAUACCGCUUCCCUCGGAGGAGCCUUUAAAGUGGUCUCUGCUGACGCUGGUAGAUCCACCCUGGUAGAAAUGUUGUUGACCCUGAUCCUCACCAUGGUGGUGUGCCUGGGGGCCGUCAACAGGAGAACCCAAACAGACGGGGUUCCUUUUUGCAUUGGCCUCACUGUGGCUGCCAACAUACUUGCUGGAGGGACUUUGUCUGGAGCUUGCAUGAACCCUGCCCGUGCCUUUGGUCCUGCCAUGGCUGCCAACCACUGGGACAAUCACUGGGUCUUCUGGGUUGGACCCGUUGCUGGUGCACUGCUAACUGUCAGCAUCAUCAGGUUGUUGAUCGGUGACCAUAAAACUCGAGUUGUGCUAAAGUGAAGGCCUAAUUCAUUAAAGAGGACUGCAGAGACCACAACCAGUUGAUGGGUAUCUUGGCAUCUUUUCCAUUCGGAUGGUCAUACAUUUCUCAGCAACAUGGGAAGAAUCUGUGCCUACAGAUAUCCACCAUAACUGUUGGCUUCUAUUGUUUGGCUGGAAAAAGUCCAGGCAUAUUUAACAAUAAAAGUUUCUUUCAAACGCU